AUCCAUUAGUAUUUUGAAAUCUUACUCUUGUCUAAUGUCAACAGCCGCUGAUGAUGGCGCUGCAAUUGGGAUUGUAAUAAUCUUUGUGGUGGUAGCAGUGAAGAUAUGUAUUCUGAUUUGUGUGUGCCGAUUAAGAAAUCAGAGUGAUAGUAAAUCAGUAAGUCCAGUUACACAUUUUCUGACUCUCACUAUUGACAAAUUUCUGAAUGACAUGGAAAGGGAGAAGCCAAUCAGGUUCACUGAUCAACAGCUAAGGAUUGCAACUGAUAACUACUCUAACUUGUUGGGUUCAGGAGGGUUUGGAACAGUUUAUAAGGGAAUAUUUACUAAUGGGACCAUGGUCGCUGUGAAGGUUCUACGUGGGAGUUCAGACAAGAAAAUUGAGGAGCAGUUUAUGGCAGAAGUGGGUACAAUUGGAAGAAUUCAUCAUUUCAAUCUUGUUAGGCUUUAUGGAUUUUGCUUUGAAAGAAACUUGAUAGCACUGGUUUAUGAGUACAUGGGGAAUGGCUCUCUUGAUAGGUAUUUGUUCCAAGAAAAGAAGACCUUAGGAUAUGAAAAGCUUCAUGAGAUUGCGAUUGGGACAGCAAGAGGCAUUGCUUAUUUGCAUGAAGAGUGCCAACAAAGAAUAAUCCAUUAUGACAUAAAACCAGGAAAUAUUCUCUUGGACAGGAAUUUCAAUCCUAAAGUUGCUGAUUUUGGUUUGGCCAAGCUUUGCAAUAGGGACAAUACUCAUAUAACCAUGACUGGAGGAAGGGGGACUCCUGGUUAUGCUGCACCAGAGCUUUGGAUGCCGUUUCCCAUAACUCACAAGUGUGAUGUUUAUAGUUUUGGCAUGCUGUUAUUUGAAAUCAUAGGUAGGAGAAGAAAUCUUGAUGUUAAACUUGCUGAAAGCCAAGAGUGGUUCCCAAUUUGGGUUUGGAAAAAAAUUGAUGCUGGAUUACUUGGGGAGGUAAUAAUAGUCUGUGGGAUAGAGGAGAAAAGUAAGGAGAUUGCAGAAAGAAUGGUUAAGAUAGCUCUGUGGUGUGUUCAGUAUAGGCCAGAAUUAAGGCCCACAAUGAGUGUUGUGGUGGAAAUGCUUGAAGGUUCAGUGGAAAUUCCAGAACCUGCGAACCCAUUUCAGCAUUUGAUGGGUGGGACUUACAUUGCUCAUCCAGUCCAACAAGUGUCACAGACCUAUAAUACCACAAGUAUUUCAUCUGUUUCUUCUGUUAUGGUAACAGACUCCAGCAUUGUAUGUGCUACUCCAAUUAUGAAGAAGUAUGAGAUUGAAUUAGCCUCUAGCAACGUGUGAUGGAGAACACAUGCUACUUGAUGAAAGUUGAAAGUUUUACACGGGUUAAAAUAAGUUGUAUAAUACUUUCCAUUCCACUAUUGAUUAUAUUGUAUCCUUUUCAAAUAUGUAUCUUUUUCUUGGUUUUGAUAGUGUUCUUCCCCUUUUGCCUCCAAACAUCAUAUAAAGUUGUACUAAAUCGUGAUUGAAAAAGAAUUAAUUAUAAA